UGCGGAGGCGCGGGGCGGGCGGGGUAUAUAGGCCGGUCGCCCGCGCCCCCACUUUGAACGCCGCUCGGAUCUCGCCGGACCGUGGUCUCUGCGCUGCUGUGGGUCGAUUUCUUUCUCCAAGAAGAAAAAUGGCAUCUGUUGCAGUUGAUCCACAACCGAGUGUGGUGACUCGGGUAGUCAACCUACCAUUGGUGAGCUCCACGUACGACCUCAUGUCCUCGGCUUACAUCAGUACGAAGGAUCAGUAUCCAUGCUUGAAGUCUGUGUGCGAGAUGGCAGAGAAGGGUGUGAAGACCAUCACUUCCGUGGCUGUGACGAGUGCUCUGCCCAUCAUCCAGAAGCUGGAACCACAGAUUGCAGUUGCCAAUACCUAUGCUUGUAAGGGGCUAGACAGGAUUGAGGAGAAACUGCCUAUUCUGAAUCAGCCAACAAACCAGGUUGUUGCCAAUGCCAGAGGCGCUGUGACCGGGGCAAAAGAUGCUGUGACAACUGCUGUGACUGGGGCCAAGGAUUCCAUGGCCAGCACCAUCACUGGGAUGAUGGACAAGACCAAAGGAGCGGUGACUGGCAGUGUGGAGAGGACCAAGUCUGUGGUCAAUGGCAGCAUUAACACAGUCUUGGGAAGUCGGAUGAUGCAGCUGGUGAGCAACGGAGUAGAAAAUGCGCUCACCAGAUCAGAGUUGCUGGUGGACCAGUACCUCCCUCUCACGGAGAAAGAACUAGAAAAAGAAGCAAAAAAAGUUGAAGGGUUUGAUAUGGUUCAGAAGCCAAGUUACUAUGUUAGACUGGGAUCCCUGUCUACCAAGCUCCGCUCACGUGCCUACCAGCAGGCUCUCAGCAGGGUUAAAGAAGCCAAGCAAAAAAGCCAAGAGACCAUUUCUCAGCUCCAUUCCACUGUUAAUCUGAUUGAAUUUGCCAGGAAGAAUGUGCAUAGUGCCAACCAGAAAAUUCAAGGUGCUCAGGAUAAGUUCUAUCUCUCCUGGGUGGAGUGGAAGAGAACCGUUGGCUAUGAUGAUACAGAUGAGUCCCACUGUACUGAGCACAUUGAGUCACGUACUCUUGCUAUUGCACGCAGCCUGACUCAGCAGCUCCAGACCAGGUGCCACAGCCUGCUGUCCGAUGUCCAGGGGUUACCACAGAACAUCCAAGAUCAGGCCAGUCACCUGGGGGUGAUGGCUGGUGACAUCUACUCCGUGUUCCGCAAUGCUGCCUCCUUCAAGGAAGUGUCCGACGGCCUCCUCACUUCCAGCAAGGGGCAGCUGCAGAAAAUGAAGGAAUCUUUAGAUGAUGUGAUGGAUUAUCUUGUUAACAACACGCCUCUCAACUGGCUGGUAGGUCCCUUUUACCCACAGCUGACUGAAUCUCAGAAUGCUCAGGACCAAGGUGCACAGAAGGACACAAGUAGUCUGGAGGCCCAGCAGCCUGAGAACAGAACCCAUUAGAGCUGUCCUUGUCACCAGUACGGGGUGUGGCCAGCAGGAGGAGACUCUCUGUGAUGUUGAAAUUAACUUGCUAGACAACUCUGAAUUGGGGAAGCAGCUAGCUAGAGAAAAGGUCCUCAGUUGUGGUCAGUUCUAACUGGAUUAAGAGCUUUACGAUGUUUGGCAUUAGCAGAUGAGUUCUGCUGUUUUCCUGGCUGGUAAGAAAAGAAUGCUAGGUUGGUCAGAGCCUGGCCAGGACUCCCAGUAAGUUUCCCUGCAUUUAUGGUGUCAUCCAUUGUUACCAUUGUUGCUGUUCGUUUGUCUUGAAUAAAAAACAAUUUCCUGUGGGCUGUGGUGUGGGCUGGUGUCUGCUCCCAUCUGGUCCUGUCACUGGUUGGUUGCACAGAGCAUGCCUGUACAACUUUUUUUUUUCAUGAAGGAGUGCGUCCUAUGAAUUCAAUAAAAUUCACUGCAGGAUAGAUCAACUUUA